UGCCACUCCAGCCAAGCGCUAUGAAGCAAGAGAGAAUGCAGGCGAGGUUGUAUUAACUUAUAACCCUGGAAGAAUAUCUGAUCAGGACGUCACAUGGAAACAACUGCAGACUGUCAAAAUACAAAAUGCUGCUUACGAGCCUCUGACAGAAAAAUUUAAAUACAUGUUUCAGAAAAUCAUUGAUAAAUCACAAGGUACUUGGCUAAGUGGAUAUAAUUAGGUAAUACAGUACAGGUAGCUUCACUAAACAUUAUUGUGUGGCCAAAUAAGAUGUUGGUCAACAUAGAUGGAUUUUCAGAUUUUUUCUGGGGGAUGCCAAAAAUUCAAUGGGAGAGGUGAGCAAGCUGCAACCAGGGGUCUGAGGGGGUGGGUUAGGGACAAAGCCCCAGGAAAAAUGGAAAAUUUUGAAAUUCUUAGUUUUAUUUAGUUUAAAUUCCUUAUUUCAAUCAUACAGUACAGUACUGCUGUCAUUUAAUCCAAUGAGUGUUCAAAUUUCUGGAAGGGGCUACAGUUUUUUCUGGAUGUGGUGGAAAAACUUUCUGAGGGGUGCAAAAUAUUCUUGGGGGUUAUGCACCCCCUACACCCACCCCAGAAAGUCUAUGUUGGUUAACUGGCAGUUAUCAGAGUGAGAAAAUACAUGGAAAGAUCUUUUAUUUUGCUUGCUCAUGCACGUCGACUAUCCACUAACGCCAGAAAAAUGUAAGCAUGCAGAUAGCAAGAGUUCUGCAUACCUAGGUGGUACUUGGCUGAACACAAAGACGUUCAGACCAUGUAUAGUACAUGUAUCUUCUUUUAGUCCAGUCAUUCUUCAAUCCUAUUCAAUUUUGCAGUAUUGAAUGAGCACAUUGACAAAAUGGCUUCAUUAUUAAAAGAUGCUCACGAAAUUGAAGAAUUUGUCUCUUCUGCUGUUAUUCAUCAGGUAUUAACAAAAUUCAUAACACAUUUGACUGAAUGUUCGACCCUUUUAAUACCGUUCAACUCUUUUAAUACCGUUGUUUGAUUGUAAUCUUCCCUCAUUGACAUGUGAGAAGAGUGCUUUCAGUCUGACUUUACCAAAUUUUGCAGGUUUUUUCCAAGUACUCCCUUUCCUCCUGUAGUAACACUAAAACACUGAGAGAUGGCUCUUACUGGACCUCCAGGAAGAACAGUUUAGAAAUGAUAGAGCUUUCCUGUGUAAAUAUAGUUAGCUUAGUUUGGGUUUCCUCAUGUGCUGUAGUACGUAACACUGCAACACUGUGAGAUGUUUCUUACUGGACCUCUAGGAAAUGGCUUAGAAAUGAUAGAGCUUUUCUGUGUAAAUAAAGUUUAGUUUAGGUUUCCUCCUGUAGUAACACUGAAUCGAUAAGGGGUGGUCCGUACUGAACCUCUAGGAAGAACAGUUCAGAACUAAUAAAGUUUUCCUUUAUAAUAAGGUUAGUUUAGUUUGGGUUUCCUCGUGUACAGUAGUAACAUUGGACCAAUAAGGGGUGAUCCUUACUACUGGACCUACAUGUACAGGAAGAACAGCUUAAAACUGAUAAAACUUUCCUGUAUAAAUACAGUUUAGUUUUGGUUUUCUCCUGUAGUAAUACUGGAUGAAUAAGGGAUGAUCCUUACUGAACCUCCACGAAGAACAGUUACUGUAGAAACUGAUAGUCUGAUAGAUUUCCUAUAUAAGUAAAGUUAGGUUAGUUAUUUUUAGUUAUAUAAUUAAACUUUAGUUAUAUUUUUAGUUAUAUAUGUAAAGUUAGGUUAGUUAAUUUAGUCUCUACUUAUUCGAUAAUUCUUUCUCCCAGGAUGAUGUGUCGGUUGUAGGUCGUAUCUGCUGUGACACAAAUGGUAAACUGAAUGCAAGCUCGUUAAUCUUACGGGAAUCUGGUACUAACUACGUCGGAGCAUCUGUUUCACUGAAUGUAGCGGACGUCAAUCAAUACAGCUUGUUUCCUGGAAAGGUACGAAAAGGAAUAGUUUGUUUUUAUAUUAGGGGCGGACCAUUAGAAAAGUGAUGGGGUGGGAGGUGGGGAAAAUAAAAACAAAAGAAAAUAAUUGUGCAAAGAGGGAAAGCAAAGAAAAACACAAGAAAGAAAAAAUAUAUGUAUAAUAAAUAAAAAAGAGAAAAAAGCUGAAAAUUCCCCCACCCCUCCCCAAUAUAAAACUGUUUUAAUUCAAACAUGUUUGUAUUUUUCCACUGCAAAAACAAGGAAGAGAAUGCCAUUCCAGAAUAACGAUCUUACCAAGGGUGGAAAGAGGGGGAAACAUAAAAAUGAUGAACUGUUUUUAGGGGCUGAUUACAUGGAGACUGAAAAUUCUAUCCUGGUUGACCGGGCAAAAAAUCGUCAUGCAAUCGGCUGGAAUUUUCAGUCCGGGUUGAAAAAAUAGUCCUUUAAGUGGCUUUAUUUUUUUUUCAGUACUAUUCUUAAAUGCAGAUUCAAAGAAGCGGAAUAGCUUCAUUUUGAGAUUGGAUCGUUGCAGUCUGGGCUGAGAUUUCACCCCGGUUUGAGCUGAAAUUUUAACUCUGCCCGGGCUGAAACAUGUCAUUUACUGUAAUUUUCAGUUCGGUUGAAAUCCAGCUCGGGGAAAACUCUCCAUCUAAUCGGCCCCUGAAAAUAAUGUUUCCAAUAUUGGGCAAAUUGGGGGGACAUUCUGUACGAGGUAAUUUCACAACCUUCAAAUGUUCCCACAAUCUCGUUCCCAGAGUAUACCUGUUCGCGGGCACUACAUAACCCGCGAACAGGCAUACUCUGGAAAUGAGAUUGAUGUUCCCACAACAAUGUUUUUUUUGGGUUUCUCCAAACUUAUCUGUGGUCUUUGGCUUAAGGUCGUUGCUGUAAAAGGGAAAAAUCCAACGGGAGGACAAUUCAUUGCCUCGUCGUUUUAUGAGGUUUGUUCAGAUUACUAUUAGUUUUUUCGAGUAUUACACGGUAUUUUAUAUCUAAGUAAAGAGAAGGGAAUCAAGCAGCACAACUAAAAAGAACAUAAUGAAGUUAGUAAAAUUGCAAAAUGUGGUUGCAAAAUGUUGUAAAGCUUGGGAAAUAUAGUCUUGGAAAGUUUGAAAAUUUUGUAUAUGUUUGUAUUACGUGCGGAAAUUUUUACCAUUUUCGGCUCAAAAACGGUAACAAUUUCCGCACGAAAUACAAAAUAUACAAACUAUGCAAACUUCGCUAUAUUUUCCGUAUUUUACAACAUUUCGUAACCAAAUCUUGCAAUUUUACUAAUUUUAAUACGUUCUUUGCGGCAAUUUACUUUUUUUGCCUUGAUCAAAAAUUAGUCUAAUAUGCAAGUUGUCUAUUCAGUUUCAGUCGUGGUUAAAUCAUUUUGUAGCAAUUUUUUGUUCAUUUUUUAGGGGAUACUGCCACCGCCGGUUCCAGAGCCAAAAAACGUUCAGACAGGUGUGUAA